AUCCUUGUAGCAGUGACCAAACAGUCGCCUGUGAAGUGGCCAAUUUCCUUAAAGAAGCUCUAUUCUCUUUCUGUAACCUACGAUGUAAGUCUUACUGUUAAAGAUAGGUUAAUGCUGAUACAAAUCUUUUCAAUUAGCUUAGCUCGAGUAAGUUUGCGGCUAACAAUCGUUACACCUUAAGAGUUAAGUGAAUGUCAGUAAUACUAAUGUGUGCCGUGUUCAUUAGGACUUCAUCUACUUUCAGGCGAACCUACUUUUAUCAGUAAUAGAAAAUAGUCAGAGGGUUAUAAUACUCAACGAUGCAGUCGCACGCACAAACGGCUAAAAAGGGGACAGCUCUCUGACAUGAACAUUUCAGUCUUUGUGCAGCUGAUUCACGUUAGCACAAAAGGAACGCCUGUUGCAGCAAAUCGGUCCUGCUCUUGUGUGUGUGUGUGUGUGUGUGUGUGUGUGUGUGUUGUGUGUUCAGGGUUGACAUUUUCGAAGAAAAAAAGAUACGGUCAAGCUGACCUCAGACGAACACCAUGCUCCCAGCCAAGCUGACCAGCCGUUUAACUGUCCUGAGGAGGAUUCAGCAUGGACCUUAUUACCCCUGUCUUCCCCCUCUGUCAAACUGCUGCCUGUAUACGGAGGGAGGACGGACUAGAGAUGGUCUCCGCUCAGAUUCCAGUGUGUUGAGAAGAGUGUUUUACAGCCAGAGUGCAAUCCGACCGUCGCUUAGACUGCGUGAAACACAGCACUGUGGGAGAAGAUCAUUCAGUUUGACAGCUGCUUCAGUUGUGAACUCAGCACCAGCUGCUGUGCAGCCAUACCUCCGACUGAUGAGGCUGGACAAACCUAUUGGGACAUGGCUGCUGUAUCUCCCCUGUACAUGGAGCAUUGCUCUGGCUUCGGACCCUGGAUGUCUCCCACAUCUGGGCAUGCUCACACUGUUUGGUACAGGUGCUCUGCUGAUGAGAGGAGCGGGCUGCACUAUCAAUGACAUGUGGGAUAAAGACUUUGACAGAAAGGUGUCCAGGACGGCCACUCGACCCAUCGCGUCAGGAGAGAUUUCUCGGAUGCAGGCACUAGUCUUCCUUGGGGGACAGCUUUCUCUGGCACUUGGGGUUCUACUGUGUCUCAACUAUUACAGCAUAGUUUUGGGUGCUGCUUCAUUAUCUCUCGUCAUCACCUACCCGCUGAUGAAGAGGAUCACCUACUGGCCACAGUUUGUGUUGGGCCUCACGUUCAACUGGGGAGCGCUGCUCGGCUGGUCCGCUGUAAAGGGUUCCUGUGAUUGGUCCGUGUGCCUCCCACUGUAUUUCUCAGGAGUGAUGUGGACACUGAUAUAUGACACUAUAUAUGCACAUCAGGACAAGGAGGAUGAUGUCAAAGUGGGGGUCAAAUCUACUGCGCUGAGGUUCCAGGAGCAAACCAAACCUUGGCUGAGUGGCUUCGUGGUGGCCAUGAUGUCGGGACUGGUGGCAGCUGGGGUCAAUGCUGAACAGACUCUCCCUUACUAUGCUGUGCUGUCCACAGUGGCCAUUCACCUAACGCAUCAGAUUUACACGUUGGACAUUAACAAACCAGAGGACUGCUGGAAGAAAUUUGUCUCAAACAGAAGCCUUGGACUGUUAUUAUUUUUAGGGAUUGUUGCCGGCAAUUUAUGGAAAGAAAGAAGAGAGACUUUGCUGCAAAAUGAGGAAGCAUCCAGAUAAGUGAGAUAAUCAGCACACAUUUUAUUACAUUUACAGUACAUUGCAUACUACAAUGCUGCGCAGUACCUUCUGAGAUUUUCACUUUAAACAAAGCUACAGAAGAUGCACUCAGAGGCUGUGUGAUUUUAACCCACACACUAAAGUUAGUAGAUACAUUUUCUUUGCUCAAAAAAACUUCAUUUACAGUUGUUGAUUUAAAAAAAAAUCACUUUCAGAUGGAUAUUGUUGAGAUUAACUUGCUCCUGGUACAUACAAAUAUCUUAUGUGUUCUAGUGCAGCUAAGUGGAACUCUAAUGGCUGCACAUACUCACACAAUCAGCAACACUUACACAAUAAACACAAUAAACAUCCAUAAUUGCAAAAAAUAUAAUAUCUGUUGUUGUUAUUGUUGCUCAAUACACCUCAGAGCUGCAUUAAGCAAUUUUUACCACUAGGGAGCAGAAAGAUCCCAAAACAAUAGCCACCUAGCCUUAAGGGGUCUACUGGUCUUGUUGUUUCACUUUUAUCUACCAAACUAUAAAUUAUCUGAGUCAACUGUCUUCAUGAGUCACUGGUUUGCCUCAGUUCUCAGGCAGGUAGCGUACACUGGACCUGUCUGAGCUUGUCCAUUGGAAACUCUAACUACUUCUUUUAUAUAAGAAGUUGGAGAGGAUAGUCAUACUCAACCAUGCAGCGUAUAUGCAAGUUGCACAAUCAGAAGCUGCUUCGGUGCUGUUCCUUCAACAAAAUAUUAGUCCAUGCAACAAUGACAAAGAAAUACAGAAAUACAGUACACUGAAACAAUAGCAGACUCCCCAUGUUGAGUGAUAUAAAGUCCAUUCAUUUAUUUUAAUGACACAAAAAGCCUGUCAUAUUGGAGUGGACCCUUUAUAUCACAUAUUUGUAUGUAUGGGAGUGAGUUACAUACAUCAGUGUGCGUGUUGAGUUUUAAAAAGAUAAAAAGCAGAAUUAUAUUAACAAGUGGAAACAGACCUAUGUAUGUUGUAGACAAAAGUCUCAGACUAGACACAUUUCUUAUUUCUACUGUUAUAACAAUACAAGCAACAAUCAUUUGAGUGUUUAUCCAGUUUAAAAAAGCGUAUGUUUUCCUCCAUGUUGAUGAAAGUUUGGGGCGGAGGUGCCUGUGUAUAUGAUAAUCUGCAUUCACUGUUGCUGCCCAGGUCAGCAUUCCCACAAAGUGACCUAAAUGCAAACCGUGCCACCACAGUGAAAAACUAAAAGUCAUGAGCAAAGGGAAGUGCUUGCACCUCGUGUAAACCAGUCUGCGCAGCCACGAAGCUGUUGUGGAGUUCCAUCGACGGGCAAACUCUGACAUGCGGGUCGACGCCUCGAUGGUCCAGAAAUCUCCAUCGGAUAAACCGCUCCAGUCUGGGGAGUCUCCUGGUGAAUUUUCCCAAAAGCCAAACCCGGCUGCGUUAUUGAGGCAUUCACUCAUCCUCCAGUGAGAAUAAUACUGGAUCCUCAAAACCAGCGCCAGACCCCAAAGCCACAGGAUCUUGUAGAGAACGCUGGAGUCAGAGGGAUCAUAGGUGUUACAUUUCAGAAAACAGACAAGACAAUACCUUGAACACUCCAGCAGUAACACCUGCAUCGAUUUUAAGAAGACCACACCCAGUGGAUUAGGUGGAGGGCUGAGCCUCAUUCCUGCCAUCUGGGACAGGAAUCGGCUGUAGGAGCACAAAGGGCCACCGAGCAGAGUGGUGAAACCGAGGAUGUAGCUGAUUAGAGGGAGAAGCAUCACACAAGCUUUCCUUUUGGAUGAAGCUUUAACUGUUAGCAUAACUCCUUUUUCCUGGAGGUCCAUGGACACUGAGGUGAUUCUCUGAGUGAGCAGCAUCAAAGAGGACACUGCCAGAAACAAUCUGAAAGAGCAAGAGUUGUUCAUGUAAUAACACACAGCAGUCCUUACUGUCACA